AUGGGCAGUCGCGGAAGAGGUGGUCUUGCGCAACGUCGAGGUGCUCGCUCUAACGUUGUUCAGAGACGAGGUGCUCGCUCGGAGCCUGCUCAGCGCCGAGGCGGCCGCUCCGAUAGCGCAAGUGUAUCAGCCGUGAAUAAUGCUGCUACUAGACGUUUCGUGAAAAAUCUCGUCAACAAGACGCUCCAGAGGAUGCGAGCUAAAGCAGCAACUGCAGCAGGCGUCGUGAACCGCCGAGCAGCGCGUGCUGAUGGAGCUCUAGCUAGAGUCAAUAUUAAGUCACGUGGUAUCCGUAAGAGGGUAGUGGAGGUCCCUCGUGUAGUUGUGAGAAGGCCAAGAAUCCGACCUGCUGUUCAGCGCGAAAUUGUAGAUGAAGAACCGGCUCCUGUGGUAUAUCAAGCUGUGCGCGUUGUGAAGCGUGAACCCCGCCCAGUUCGACCGGUGGCAGUCGUCCGUGCACGCCCGAUGUUGCCAGUGCGACGAUUUGUACAACAGCCAGUUGCCCAGUUAGCGGCUCCUCGUCAGCGAAGCCGUAUCUUCGUGCAGCAACCGGUUGGGGCUAACGGUGGAUUUGUGACUCGUAAACAAGUUUUCGCAAAUGGCGGUGGACGCCAGAAUCAGCGUGCCAAUGUGAUAUACGUGAAUGAGGAGAUGAGUUCCAGGGUUCAACCCUCUUCAAGGAGUGGAGUUCGUUUUGUGAAUAAGAGGCCGGGCCGUCAAUUUGUGACGUACGAGGAUGAUCUCGAUGACUACGAGCGUUUCCCAUCUACUAGUUUCCAAAGCAAUCGCAGAACAAAGCGAAAAGGACGCGGCUUCACCACACAAUUUGAGUAUUAA